CCUGCCGUUUCCGAGAAAAGUCAUCGGAGUUUAUCAGGACAGCAAACACUGGAGGUAUAUUCGUGUUUCAAUGUUACAGAGGCGGUUGAUUUGCUCGAGGAUUUCGAAUACCGUUGUCCAAUCAAACCCCGGACAUAGCCAGAGCAAAUGGAAUGUAAAGCAAGUUACAAAAUCCAACUUCUCAGCGGCACUUGAAGAGAUAAGCAAUUGUAUUUCCGACUCUGAUUUCAUUGCUGUCUCAUUGAAGAAUACCGGAGCCUACUCUGCACCCUGGCAACGUAUUAUGCCUAUUGACACCGCCCACACCGCCUAUCUUAAAGCCAAAUACGCCGCCGAACGGUUUCAGGUCCUUCAGUUCGCCGUUUGCCCCUUUUCCAUAAAGGGUUCCAAGCUCAUCGUGCACCCAUACAACUUUCAUUUGUUCCCUCGUGAUGAGUUAAAAAUAGGGAUGCCAUCUUAUAGUUUCUCUUGUCAAUCAUCAUACUUGACCUCUAUGGCUCAAGAAGGUUUUGAUUUCAAUGCCUGCAUAUAUGAUGGCAUAUCAUAUUUAUCCAAAUCACAAGAAUCAGCUGCAGUAGAUAGAAUUGGAAAUGCAUCACCUAUAAUCUGUACAGUUCAAACUCCAUCAGGAUAUACAGUUGCUGAUUCUGUAUUUGCAGAAAGGAUCAAAUCUCGAGUUAAGAAUUGGAUAACUGCUUGCAAAGACACAAACAAGAAGCCUGAAGAUGCUCUAAUCAGUUCCUUGAGAAAAAUUGUCACGGGAGAUGACGUAUAUGGAUCCAGACCUUGCUUGAGCAUAGAUGUCUGCAGUGAACGUCAAGUGCGUCUUGUGAUGGAGACACUGAAGAAUUUUGUUGACGUCAUACCUUUGCUAAACCCAGCAAAGGGAGGAACAAUAAGGCCUGUUCGAGUUGUUUUGACAAGUUCAGAAGAAGACAGGAUUCUUUUACAGAAGGAACUUCAAAAUGAGGAGAAGGAGCAUAAUAAACGCCUCCGUGGCUUUCGAGAGGUGAUCGAUUUGAUUUCCGCUUCAAAACCUGUUGUUGCCCACAACUCUCUUAAUGAUUUUACUUUCGUUCAUUCCAAGUUCUUAGCUGCAUUGCCAUCAACGCUGGAAGAAUUCAGAAGUUCAUUAUCUUUGGUCUUCCCGAAUGUACUUGAUGUCAACCAUCUUAUGAAGGAAAUCAGCCCUCAGACAAAAGUGAACAAUUUGCCUGCAUGUAUCUCAUAUUUGAAACAACGGUUUUGCCCUAUUGAUAUAGAGAUACCUAACCAAG